UAAAGCCCGGGGUCUGAGAUAGACAGUGGACUGUUUAGGAACAGAGAGUCACGCUGUAGAGGAGAGGAAAUCAUUCAGGAUGCCUGAGCCGCCCAAAAAAGCAGUUUCAGCCUUCACAAAGAAACCAAAGACUCGGGAGGCAGAGGAGGGGUCCUCAGUGGUCUUUGAAGCAGAGACAGAGAAGACUGACGCUAAAGUGAAAUGGCAGUGCAACUCAAAGGACAUCACCAGCAGUGACAAAUGUAUGAUCACAGCGGAUGGAAACAAGCACUCGCUCACUAUAAAAUCCAUUACCAAGGAAGAUGCCAAUGUCUAUGCAGUGAUUGCUGGGGCCUCAAAGGUCAAGUUUGAGCUGAAGGUUGUACCAAAACCAGAGGCUCUAGCAGAGGCCCCUGCUGAUGGACCCAAGGAGCCCAGUGUUGAACCAGAGCAGAUCCCUGCUGCUCCACCUGCAGAAGCACCCUCAGAGGAUCAGUCUGCUGCUCCAGCACCUGAUGCUCCGCCUGCUGAAGCACCCACACAGGAUCAAGCCGCAACCCCAGCACCUGAUGCUCCUCCUGCAGAAGCACCGGCAACUGACCAGACUGCUGCUCCAGCACCUGAUGCUCCACCUGCUGAGGAGGUGCAGCCGGACACCAGGCAGGACCUGACUGGACUCUUCACUGAGAAACCUCAGAGUGGAGAGGUUACUGUAGGUGAAAACAUCAUCUUUGUGGCUAAAGUGAAUGCUGAAUCACUGCUGAAGAAACCCACAAUCAAAUGGUUCAAAGGGAAGUGGAUGGACCUCGCUAGUAAGUCUGGAAAACACCUGCAGCUGAGGGAAGCCUACGACCGCAACACCAAGGUGUACACAUUUGAGAUGCACAUCCUUGCAGCCAAGCCUAACUUUGCUGGAGCUUACAGGUGUGAGGUCUCAUCCAGAGACAAGUUUGACAGCUGCAACUUUGAGCUGACUGUACAUGAGGCUUGUGCAGCUGAAGGUUUGGAUAUCAGAGCUGCUUUCAGGCGCACUAGUACAGAUGGAAAAGAAGACUCUGGAGAACUGGACUUCAGUACCUUAUUGAAAAAGAGAGACAGUUUCUUAAAAUCCUCAAACCGGGCUGUCCAGGUGAACACAGAGCCUGAUGUGGAUGUGUGGGAUAUUCUCAGCAAAGCUCCCUCCUCUGAAUUCGAAAAGAUUGCUUUUCAGUACGGUAUCACUGACCUGAGAGGCAUGCUGAAGAGACUGAAGAAGAUGAAGAAAGAAGAGAAGAAGAGUGAAGCUUUCCUCAAAAAGUUGGACCCUGCUUACCAAGUGACAAAGGGACAAAAAAUUAAACUGGCUGUUGAGGUCGCCAAUCCUGAUGUAGAUGUGAAAUGGCUAAAGAACGGACAGGAAAUUCAACCAACAGGAAGCAAGUACAUCUUUGAGAGCGUUGGAAACAUGCGCUACCUCACCAUCAACCACUGCUCGCUGGCGGAUGAUGCAGCUUACAGCUGUUUGAUUGGAGAGGAGAAAUGCACCACUGAGCUCUUUGUUAAAGAGCCUCCUGUCCUGAUAGUGAAGAACCUGGAGGAUCAGAUGGUGAUGAAGGGUGAGCGGGUGGAGCUGGAGUGUGAAGUCUCAGAGGAAGGAGCCAAUGUCAAAUGGGAGAAAGAUGGUGUGGAGUUAACAAGAGAUGAAUCCUUCAAGUAUCGCUUCAAAAAAGAUGGCUGCAAACAUGUCCUCAUCAUCAACGAGGCCACGAAGGAGGACUGUGGUCACUACAAGGUUAAAACCAACGGCGGCGAGUCGAUGGCAGAGCUCCUGGUGCAGGAGAAAGAUCUGGAGGUGUACCAGAGCAUCGCAGACCUCACAGUGAAGGCGAAGGAUCAGGCGGUGUUUAAGUGCGAGGUGUCGGAUGAGAACGUGAGAGGAACAUGGUACAGGAAUGGUGUAGAAGUCCAGCCAGACGCCAGGAUAAACAUCACACAUAUCGGCAGGAUCCACAAACUGACCAUUGAUGAGGUCAAACCAGAGGAUGAGGGAGACUACACGUUCGUGCCUGAUGGCUAUGCUUUCAACCUUUCUGCUAAACUCAACUUCUUGGAGGUGAAGAUCGAUUAUGUCCCACGCCAAGAUCCACCUAAGAUCCACCUGGACUGUAUGGGUCGCACUGCUGAGUCCACCAUUGUGGUUGUGGCUGGCAACAAACUGCGCCUAGAUGUCCCCAUUACUGGAGACCCAGCUCCCACGGUGGUCUGGACUAAAGGAGAGAAGGCUAGUUCUGUAAAGCCUGAUGGAGAGGAGAAAGAGGGGCUGACUCGCUCUUGGACUCUGAACGAUGGAGACGUUGUCACAGAGGGAGACGGCAGGGUCCAUGUUGAAACCACCAAAGGACACUGCAUCUUCACCAUCGAGGGGGCCGAGAGGCAGGACGAGGGGAUCUACUCUGUUGUGGUUCGCAACCCUGCUGGAGAGGACACGGCAGAUAUCCAUGUAAAAGUUGUUGAUGUUCCUGAUCCACCACAGGCUGUGAGAAUCCUCAGCGUGGGAGAGGACUCCUGUGUUGUUCAGUGGGAUCCUCCUGUGUUUGAUGGCGGCCAGCCAGUUAUUGGUUAUGUGCUGGAGAGAAAGAAGACCAAGAGCUACAGGUGGAUGAGACUGAACUUUGAUCCGUAUCCUGAGACGACCUAUGAGGCGAAGAGGAUGAUCGAAGGAGUGAUGUACGAGAUGCGAGUCUAUGCUGUGAACAGUAUCGGCAUGUCUCGUCACAGUCUGGCCUCGCAGCCUUUUGUGCCGGUCGCUCCUACAAGUGAGCCCAUCGGACUGUGUGUGGAGGACAUCACUGACACCUCCAUCUCUCUGAAGUGGCGUCGGCCUGAGAGGAUCGGCUCAGCUGAACUCGAGGGUUAUGGGGUCGAGUACUGCAAGGAGGGCACGGAUGAAUGGAUUCCAGCCAUUCAGGGUCUGACCGACAGGACGGCGAUGGUCGUCAGAGGUCUUACCACUGGAGACAAGCUGCAGUUCCGUGUGCGAGCGUACAACAUGGCAGGACCCAGCGCUCCUGCAACUCUGGCUCAGCCUGUCACCAUCAGAGAGAUAAUGCAACGUCCUAAAAUUUGGCUUCCCAGAAACCUCCGUCAGACCCUCAUCAAGAAAGUUGGAGAUACUGUGAACCUUGUGAUUCCUUUCCAGGGUAAGCCCAGGCCUAAGGUGACAUGGAGCAAAGACGGGGAGCCUCUGACCCAGUCACUUGCCAGUGUGAGAAACAGUGAGGUGGAUACGAUCCUCUUCAUCCGUAAGACAGACCGGAUCCACUCAGGGAAGUAUGAUCUGCAGGUGGAGAUUGAGAACGUGGAGGACACAGCGAGUAUCACGCUGCAGAUUGUGGAUCUCCCUGGGCCCCCUGAUGGUUUGAAGAUCGUGGAUGUCUGGGGUUUCAAUGUGGCGCUUGAGUGGAAGCCGCCUAAGGAUAACGGGAACUGUGACAUAACUGGAUACUGCAUUCAAAAGGCUGACAAGAAGACUAUGGAGUGGUUCACAGUCUUUGAACAGUACAGGAGAACAAACUGUGUGGUGUCUGAUCUCAUCAUGGGGAAUGAGUACAUCUUUAGAACCUACGCCAUCAACCUGGUGGGUCUCAGCCUGGACCCCUGCAACACUAAAGACAGCGCCUUCAUCCAGAAAACAGGUAUGGAGUACAAACCGCCUUCCCACAAAGAUCACGACUUCUCAGAGGCUCCUAAAUUUACUCAUCCUCUGGUGAACCGGUCUGUCAUCGCAGGAUACAACGCCACGCUCAGCUGCUCAGUCAGAGGAAUACCAAAGCCAAAAGUGACCUGGUACAAGAACAAGAUGGACAUCUCCCAUGAAGCCAAGUACCGGAUGCUCAGUAAGCAGGGAGUCCUGACGCUGGAGAUCCGUAAGCCCUGUCCGUUUGAUGGAGGAGUGUACAUGUGCAAAGCCGUCAACGCCAGUGGAGAGGACACAGUGGAGUGUAAACUGGAGGUCCGCCCACAAAUUGCAAAGGAAGACAAGAAAAAUGAGAAGAAGUAGAAAGUGCGACUUGCAGACCAAAAAGAGGACAAAUCGUCUCCUGCAUGUUUACUGUUCGUUGUCAUAAGAAACCCCUCACCUGCAUCACAAACUGUGUUUAGCCCACAACCUUUUUACACCACUUUCCUCUUCUGCAAUCAUCUUUCCAUCUUAUAAUCCUCACCUUUGUGUCAGAAUCAUGUCUAUCAUUGGAUUACUUCUCUGAUAGGACCCGUACUUGUGAUUUAGUUGUUUGUUAGAAGGGAAAUGUAAGUAUUUAUGUCAUCUAACAUGGAAGAUUCAGUAUACACUUAAAGAUAAUGGAUGCUACUGAACAGUAAAUCCAUCAUAGUCAAUAAAAAAGAUGAUUUUUCUGAGCUAUUUUUGUUAUUGCUGUUUGUUUUGUGUGCAUAAAAAGUGGUUUAAAAGCUUGAAAUGUGGAUUUAUUAAUCUUCUUUGAGAGGUGCAGUAAAUUAUAAAUGUUCAGCUAGGUGGACUGCAGCUUCUCUAAGUGCCAUCAUGAUGGCUGUAGUCCAUGGUAUUCAGAAUACGCAGAACACAUUACUAGUGAUACUCCAGAGUCCAGAGGAGUGGAUGAGAGUUGUCAGGGGAUUAGUUUUACUGUGACAGAGCCUCACUAAAGCCAGAGGUGUGAGGCAUGUGCCUAAUGUGCACGCCACACAGAGAUGUGUGUGAGUGGCUGGAAUAGCUGGGAUGUCCUUUUACCACCGAGGACGUGUGUCACUGAGGAGGAACACAUGUAGCGUUGGCUGCUGUAAGAUUACACCAGUUAUGUCUUUGAUGCCUUAAAUGUAAAUAUUUCCUUCCUGUGUCCUCCCAAAGAUCUGGGUGAAUCUUGUUCCUGUCACUGCACCGCCAUUAACACACAUGACGAAUGUCUCACUGGACCUUCAUUUAAGAGGAGUGUUGUGACAUGGUGAUCCACCAAAAUCCAUAGACUACAUGUGGAAAAGGCUGCAUGGUUCAAAGCUAGUUAGACUUUUGAUUUUAAUUUAAAAAAAAAAUCAAUUCAGCUGGUAAACACACUUUUUUUUCUGGACAUGCUGAUGUUACAGUGAAAUUAAAGUAAAAUUGUCAAAGAAAUCAAAGGAUGGUUUUUUGCCUUAAGCUAUCUGCUAAGAACUGUUAAAUAUUCCAGGUUUGUCUCUGUAUGCUAAUUCAACUAAUUUUUUUUUCCUGUAUGCAUGCUAUCUCCAUUUGCAAACAUUUGUGAUACAAAAUGGGCCUUUCUGAAGAACUCAGUGACUUCAAGCGUGAUAAUGUGAUUGAUGUCACCUUAUAUAAGAUGGUAUGGGAAAUUUCAUCACUGCUGAAUAUUCCACAGGCAACUGUAAGUGAUAUUAGAAAGUGGAAGUGUUUAGGAACAGCAGAAACUCAGCCACAAAACAGAAGACCGAGCGGGGCCAACUGCUUAGGCGCAUGGUACAAAAAAGUGGCUAAUGCUCUGGCCAAACUCUUUAAGAUACAUUUUCUUGGAUCCAUUGAUGUGUACACAAACAUUUAGGCAACAUAAUUGCACACAUGAAAACAAAUUUUAUAGGAUAUUAGAAAAACUUGUACCUUACCGUGGCACCAAGUAUCAGGAUUUGUCUUCUAAGGACCAUGACUGUCUACAAAAAUGUCCAAUGUAUUUCAAUAUUGACAAUAAACUGAUUGACACAGCCACCCUAUCAGCAUUUCGGCACAUUUUGAGCACAAAAUUAAGACACUUUAUUUAAUUUUCAACUCCAUUCUAAAACCCAUUGAG